GGCUGCCGGAGCGGCGGGGACGGGCCUGGCGCCGGCGGCGGAGGGAGCGCCGCGGACAGGCGAUGUGAGCGCGGCGCUCUCGGCAGGGCUUCUCCAGACAGGUUAUGUCACCUGCAGAGGCUGCCCUGAAGCUCCCUGUGGCCUGGAGACUAUGUACAAGAGGAAUGGUCUGAUGGCUAGCGUGUUGGUCACCUCCGCCACUCCACAGGGCAGCAGCAGCUCAGACUCUCUGGAGGGCCAGGGCUGCGACUACGCCAGCAAGAGCUAUGACGCCGUGGUCUUCGAUGUCUUGAAGGUGACUCCCGAGGAGUUUGCUAGCCAGAUCACAUUAAUGGACAUCCCCGUGUUUAAAGCCAUCCAGCCGGAGGAACUAGCCAGCUGUGGAUGGAGUAAGAAGGAGAAACAUAGUCUUGCCCCAAACGUUGUGGCCUUUACCCGGAGGUUUAACCAGGUCAGUUUUUGGGUCGUAAGAGAAAUUCUAACAGCACAGACUUUAAAAAUAAGGGCAGAAAUCCUGAGCCAUUUUGUGAAAAUAGCCAAGAAACUUCUAGAACUCAACAACCUUCAUUCUCUCAUGUCUGUGGUGUCAGCAUUACAAAGUGCGCCCAUCUUCAGGCUGACAAAAACCUGGGCUCUUUUGAAUCGAAAAGACAAGACCACCUUUGAGAAACUGGAUUAUCUGAUGUCUAAAGAAGAUAACUACAAGCGGACUCGGGACUAUAUCCGAAGCCUGAAGAUGGUGCCCAGUAUUCCCUAUCUAGGGAUCUAUCUUCUGGAUUUAAUCUACAUCGAUUCUGCAUAUCCUGCCUCAGGCAGCAUCAUGGAAAACGAACAAAGAUCCAAUCAGAUGAACAAUAUUCUCCGAAUAAUCGCCGAUUUACAAGUUUCCUGCAGCUAUGAUCACCUCACAACCCUGCCCCACGUGCAGAAGUACCUGAAGUCCGUACGCUACAUCGAGGAGCUCCAGAAGUUUGUGGAGGACGACAACUACAAACUGUCGCUCAGAAUUGAACCAGGGAGCAGCUCUCCAAGGCUCGUCUCUUCCAAGGAAGACCUUGCAGGACCCUCCACCGGCUCCAGCUCUGCGAGGUUCAGCCGGCGGCCCACCUGCCCCGACGCAUCUGUUGCCGGCAGCCUGCCCACACCCCCUGUCCCGAGACACAGGAAGAGCCACAGCCUGGGCAACAAUAUGAUGUGUCAGUUGAGUGUAGUUGAGAGUAAAAGUGCAACUUUCCCAUCGGAGAAGGCGAGGCACCUGCUGGACGACAGCGUCCUAGAGUCCCGCAGCCCCCGCAGGGGCCUCGCCCCCACCUCCUCCUCUGCCAUCACCAAUGGACUCUCCCUAGGCAGUAGUGAGAGCUCAGAGUUUAGUGAAGAGAUGUCUUCAGGGCUGGAAAGGGGACGUCUCUACGCCACACUGGGGCCCAACUGGCGGGUUCCAGUUCGGAAUUCUCCCAGGACCCGGAGCUGCGUCUACAGCCCCACCGGCCCGUGCAUCUGUACGCUGGGGAGCUCGGCAGCAGUGCCCACCAUGGAGGGGCCUUUGAGGAGGAAAACGCUGCUCAAGGAAGGACGGAAGCCCGCGCUGUCCUCGUGGACCAGGUACUGGGUCAUACUCUCAGGAUCCACCCUGCUGUACUAUGGAGCCAAGUCCUUGCGGGGCACAGACAGAAAACACUAUAAAUCCACACCUGGCAAAAAGGUCUCCGUUGUGGGCUGGAUGGUGCAGCUGCCUGACGACCCCGAGCACCCGGAUAUCUUCCAGCUGAAUAACCCUGAGAAAGGCAAUGUUUACAAGUUCCAGACUGGUUCCCGGUUCCAUGCAAUACUGUGGCACAAGCAUUUGGACGAUGCAUGUAAAAGCAACAGGCCUCAGGUACCUGCAAACCUUAUGUCAUUUGAAUAAGUCUCUGCAGAACUUGGCGUGACUUCAGAGGCUUCUGGGAGCCCCGCCUGGGACUGGUGGUGAGCGCAAGUCCUGGGCACAGGCCGUCGGCCAGGGUGCUGGGAGACUCGCAGCUGGACUCCAGGGGCCGUGGCCUGUGGCCUGACAGUCCCGAGGCCCCGCCGGGCAGGGUCCGUCGCCAGUCCCCAGCGACGGUCACGACACCCAUUCAGCAGCUACACUCCGUGCUCCCUCUCUGGGCCCUCGUCCGUCCACCAGCUGCUGCUGCUGCGACUAGAGAUCAUUCGGCCCAUGUUGGGUCCCCAGGGCUUUCUCCUGCUCAAGAGUGGACAGUGUUAACCUGUGUGAGGGGCCAGAGAGAAGGGACAGGCUGUGGAACUGGCUUUUUACACCCCAAGUGCACGGGGUUGCUCGCCCAGAGGGCUCCCUCAGAUUUUGUACAACCCAGAAGCACCCUCUGUGUGUGUGUGCCAUGUACGUGUGUGUGUGAGUGUGAACUCCAAGAAACAUGCAUUUUGGCACAAGACUCAUGACAUCGCACAUUCAUUGGCUUGGAGGCCCUGCUUUAACCUUAAGUGACAGCCUUGUCCACCAAGAAAGGUCAGAGUGAGAGCCCAGAUCCCUCCUGUGUUAAGGGUCCCCUUGCAUUCUUUUACUGUAAACAAACAAUGCCUUAAAUUGUGUCUCGUUUUCUGUUCCUAUGGGUGCUAUCCAUCUGGAAGGCCUGCUUCCUGGCCCGGGUCCCUUCCAGGCCUUGUUGGUGUCAGGCUUCUGAGGCAGGACCUGGCUACAGGACUGUGGACUGGGCCACUGUCCUGCUUGCUUCCUCCCAUCCCCUUUCCUGCAGGGUCUAAGGCCCUUCUCUUCCCACGCCUCCCACCCUGCCCCGGUGGGAAGUGGGGACACUUCUCCCCGCUUCUCAGCAGCAGCCCGGAGGCCGCCACGCUCACAGCGACCAGCUGCGCGGCCUCUCCUGCAGGCCAAGGCUUCUGCUCCACCCUCCCACCCCUUUGCCUCCACUGCCAGGGCGGGGCCCACCAGGGUCCCUGAUCACACUGGGGAGCUGAGUGACACUGAGGCCUUAAGCUCCCCGAGUAUUGCCCCCAAUCCAGUCACCAGCAAGUUCAAGGGCACAACUGUUGAUGACCAUGGUAACAAGAGAGCGAAGCCCUGGGGAGUGAACGGCCCAGCUCUGCGUUCACUUAAGAGCUCGUCAUGUGAACAACAUCCUUUAUCUGUCACUGUCAUAUUUUUAAGUGACUUUUGUUUUGCACAAAUACAUUU